UCUUUCAAAGAUGACUCAGCAUCUUUUUUUUUGCUCUUGAUUUCUUCUUCUGGCCUGGUUGAUUUCCUCCCCCGGCUGGAAUGUCUCAUGUGUCUCACCAAGCUCCUCCCUUGGCCGGGACAGGAAAAAAAAAGGCUGAGGGGCCUCAAAGAAGACGAGGAGGAGGAGGAGGCAGACUGGAAAACAAUCAGCGGUCGUCAGCGUCUUCUUCACGCCGCGCCUCCAGCAGGGAAGACGACGCUUGUUCCCCUCUUGCCGGGCCGCACAUCUGCCCCUCACAUGCUCCUCGCUCAGCGCGCCCACUGAGCUGCUGUCUUCUUCUUCUUCUUCUUCUUCUUCUUCUUGUAGCCAUGAGGAGGUUCCCGGCCACGGCGGCGGCGUGCCUGCUCUUGAUGCUGUUUGGCGUCUUGCUGUGCGCCGGCGAGGCGGACGGCGGGGGGGCUCGGGCGAGGGAGGUCCGGCGGGCGCCGGAGAGACGGGGGCCGGCGGGGGUCGACCGGGAGACCGUGUCGGACGAGCCCGCGGCGGAGGUGGAGAAAGUCAAACCCAAGAAGAAGAAAACGCCGCAGGAGGUGGAGGCAGCCAAGGGCAGAAAGGCGGCGGAGAAGGAGGCCAAGGCCAAGAAGCAGAGGACGCCCAAGCCCACCAAGAAGCCCAAAAGUCCCAAACCCACCAAGAAACCCAAACAGCCCAAAGCCACCAAGAAGCCCAAAGCGCCCAAAAAACCCAAAGCCGCCACGACCGCGACCGCGACCGCUACUACCACGGCGACGCCAGACGCCAAACCACUGACUCGACCCAGCACAGACGCGACAACCAGACGAGCGCCCACUGCGCAGCCCAAGUGGGAGGAGCCAGAAGAACCAGACUUGGUCAGGAGGGUCCCAGGUGAAGACAAAAAGCAGCCGACCACCCCGGAGGUCGUCGUGUACAUUCCAGAGGAGACCACCGACGUCCCCUUCGUGGUCCCCUGGUACGAAGAGUACGACUACGACGACCUUGCCAAGAAGAAGCAAGAGGAAGAGGAGGAGCAAGCGCGCAAGGAAAAGGCGGAAAAGGCGGAAAAAGCCGAGCGUCAAAGGAAGAAAUGGGAGGAGGAGGAAGAGGAGAGACUCAAAAACAUCAUACAGCCACCAGAACCCAAAAAAUGUCCUCCUCUGGGUUUGGAGUCUCACCGCGUGGAAGACGACCAGCUGCUGGCCUCCUCGCAGUCCCAACACGGAUUCGCGGCUCAGAGGGGAAGACUCAACAUGCAGGGUUCCGGCAACGACGAAGAUCUUUUUGGGGGCGCGUGGUGCGCAGAGCCCGAGGAGACCAACAGCUGGUUUGAGGUGGACGCUAGACGGGAGGUGGAGUUCUCGGGGGUGAUCACACAAGGAAGGAACUCGGAGCUGAUUGAGGACUUUGUGUCGUCCUACUUUGUGGCUUUCAGCAACGACAGUCGCGAUUGGACAAUUCUUCACGACGGCUACGCCGAGUGGUUGUUCUACGGGAACGUGGAUAGAGACACACCGGUUCUGAACCAGUUUUCUUGGCCGGUGGUAGCGCGCUACAUCCGAAUCCUUCCGCAGAGCUGGAACGGAAGCUUGUGUCUCCGGGCCGAGAUUCUGGCCUGUCAACUUCCCAGUAGCCACCACAGCGAGAACGAAGUGAGGUCUUCCGACGAGCUUGACUUCCGACAUCACAACUACAAGGAUAUGAGACAGAUGAUGAAGGUGAUAAACGAGGAGUGUCCCAACAUCACCCGAAUUUACAACAUCGGUAAGAGCUCUCAAGGCCUGAAGAUGUACGCCAUGGAGAUCUCCGACAACCCGGGGGAGCACGAGCUGGGCGAGCCAGAAUUCCGAUACACGGCGGGUCUCCACGGUAACGAGGUGCUGGGCCGGGAGCUCCUGCUUCUAUUGAUGCAGUUCCUGUGCAAGGAGUACAAAGACAAAAACCCUCGAGUGCGCCGCCUGGUGGACGGAGUGAGGAUCCACCUGGUGCCGUCCCUCAACCCCGACGCGUACGAGCUGGCCUUUGAGGCGGGAUCAGAGAUGGGCAACUGGGUUCUGGGCCACUGGACUGAGGAGGGUUACAACAUUUUCCAGAACUUCCCGGAUCUCAACAGCAUUUUGUGGGGGGCGGAAGACCGCGGCUGGGUCCCACGCUUUGUACCCAACCAUCAUAUUCCCAUGCCAGAGAACUUCCUCAACGGAUCCAUGGCUGUGGAAACCAAAGCCAUCAUUUCCUGGAUGGAGCGCACCCCCUUCGUGCUGGGGGCGAACCUGCAAGGCGGCGAGAAACUGGUCACGUACCCUUUUGACAUGCAGCGGCCGCAGAUUUUGCUGAGCGACAGCCACCGCCGGAAGGGCAACGGUGAGAUGAGCGAGGACACGUGGGCCGGCAUUCAGCGUCAGAACGAGGGCGCCCUGCGGGAAACGCCUGACGAGGUCAUGUUCCGCUGGCUGGCCAUGUCGUACGCCCACAGUCACCUGACCAUGACCGAGGUCCAGCGCGGAUCCUGCCACGGUGACGACGUCACCGGGGGCCAGGGCAUCACCAACGGCGCCAGCUGGAAGCCCACAGUGGGCAGCAUGAAUGACUUCAGCUACCUGCACACCAACUGCUUGGAGAUCUCCAUCUUCCUGGGCUGCGACAAGUUCCCGCACGAGAGCGAACUUCCUCUGGAGUGGGAGAACAACCGCGAGGCUCUGCUGUCCUUCGUCGAGCAGGUGCAUCGUGGGAUCAAAGGCGUGGUCAAAGACGUGGAGGGAAACGCACUAGCCAACGCCACCAUAUCAGUGGAGGGGAUACGCCAUGACAUCAUAACCGCCUCCGGUGGCGACUACUGGCGGCUUCUGAAUCCCGGCGAGUACCACGUGACGGCCAAGGCGGACGGUUACACGUCGGAGACCCGCCUGUGCAUGGUGGGCUACGAGUCUGGCGCCACAUCCUGCAGCUUCACCUUGGCCAAGUCCAACUGGGACCGCAUCAAGGAGAUCCUGGCGCUUAACGGCAACCGCCCCAUCCGCGUAGUCACCAAGGCCGGCGAGGCCAGGCCCACGCCGCCUGGCGCCACAGCGGCCAGCACGGCCUCCCCGGAGGAGCAGCACGCCGCCGCCCAGCGAGCAGAACGACUACGCCGGCUGCGGAUCCUGCGACUGCGCCGGCUGCGUCUGCAGAAGCAACGGGGCAGACUCAAGACAACGCCCGCGACCACCGCAACAACUGUGACGACGACCAUCACCACCGGCACGACACGGGAACCCCAGACCACCACUUCCUGGUACGACUCCUGGUUCCCCGUGGACAACUUGUCCACCGAGAACCCCUUUGACAGCAUCAUCUUUGAAUCUGUGCCCACUGAGGACUACCCGUUUCACUUCACCAUCGACUGACACCAGCAGGAACAUCGUGAGAAACCACCAAACAUGCCCCCUUAAACACCACCCUGGCAUGUGGGCAAGGAGAGCCAUGGUUUAUUGAACGGUACAAACACACAAGUACAAAAUGAGAACGCUCACAGGCAGACACGCAGAACAAGACUACGUCAACUCCAGCUCCUGACGUCACGCACUAGGCCACGCCCCUUAAAUGCACAUAUCCAACAACACACUGUACAGUAAUUACUCUUUAUAAAACCAGUUUACUUCUUUACAUUCAACUUUAUUAUGUUUUGAUAGAAUACCGUGCUAUUUUCUUUACUAAAAGCACGUAACAAAAGCCAACUGUGGUGGUUUUUGGAGUGGAAUAUUGGCACUUCAAUUCAUUUCAAUGUGGAAAAUUGCUUGGAUAUACAAGUCAGCCAAAUUAGGACCCUGGUCACAGAGCAAAUUCAACUCACAAGUCAAGGCAUCGCUGUAGUCACGUGUCCAAGACGUAAACACGAGUUAUUUUAUAUCUGAGUGCAAAAGAAGUCAAUUCUAUCCAUUCUGCUCCACUCCUACCGAGAGUACAGACAGAAGCCCAAACAAAGGUUGGGAAGGCCACGUUCCAUAUUGUGCUGAAUGUAAAUGGCUUCAAUAAAAACAUUAAGAGCAAAUUCAUUUUGGGAUACAUAGAUAUUUUAUUAUGAAUGGAAAUAUACAUGAGAAAUUAUGCAACGUUUGAAUGUUUUUCUGCCUUUUUUGAGUGGAAGUGGAAGCCAACAUAAGUCAUUUUUGAAUCACUUUAUAUCUAAAUUCAUUUUGAAUGGCUCGGCUUUUUGUUCGCCGUCUUUUUUGCGUAGCGGAAACUCCUCAGAGGGUUCGUUCCCUGAAAAAACAACGACAACGUUUACUUUUGGUUUCAAAAACAAACUAGCAGCAAAUACUAUUGUAAUCCCACAUACUUCCUGGGGGGUGACAUAUUGUAUGCUGUAAAAGGGGCGUGUCUAACCUUGAAGCUGCUUUUGGCGACUCCGUGUGGUUUGAGCUUUUGGGUUGGCCUCUUCCUCCUCCUGUGAUUGGACAGAGGGUUGACGACACCUCUCAGAGCAUAAGGAACUGCACGGGGUCACAAUGUGAACGUUUAGCCAUUGAGCAUAAGACGAAGCUGCUGCCGACAUGACUCACUGAGGUAUUCAGGGACGUUCUUCAGGUGAGGUUUGAUGACGGCAGGGUGAAGGUCUUGGUCGUGCCUGAGCAGCUGCAGGUCUCUCGGGUUGUCUUCAAAAUAUGUCUGAUUGACAAUCAGAACUGGCCCACUUUAAUAAUGAUAAGAAGAAAAAAAAAUCCAUCUUUUGAUUUGAGCAGCCGUGGCUCACCUUCAGCUUCUCCGAGUUAAGCAGUUCCUGCUUGAUCUCCUUCAAUCUGGCUUCUCUCACCGCCUGCUUGGUGACCGAUCGCAUCGCAUCCUUUUUGGAGAAAUAAUUCCAAAUGAACAUCAUUGCAUUCAUGACACGGAACAGACAGACAAUGUGCUCUCCAAUCUGAACCCAAAGUGACAAAAGAAAUAAAUCACAUUUUAAAGAAGUCGUUUUCUUAAUGAUUGUUGGAUUGUUUUGGUUUGACUUGAUUUGUGGGGUUCUCGCGCCGCUAUUCCGAGUACCACAACAUUUUAUUUUUGUGCACUAACACUUGCAAAAGAUGAAGCAUCCAUCCCUAGUGUCGCUAACUCAUGGGGUUCCUCAGGGAUCUAUACUCGGCCCCUCAUAUUUCUGUUUUCUUUUGCAGUCAUCAUAACAAAAGGAAACAUUGAUCAAUGACUCAAGAGGUUCCCCAGAAUUCUGUUCACAGUUCUUUAGAUUUCUUUUUUGCAGUAAUACUAGCAGAAAAAAAGAAUCUGUCCAAAGUGUCAAUGGCUUGUUGGGCACCUCAAGGAUCUAUUCUCAGUCCUUCGUAUUUCUAUUUUGUCAUUUGUUUGUUUUUUCUUCCUUUUUGCAGCAAAAGGAAUGACCAAUCCAUGCUGUCAGUGACUUGUG